AUGGCGGACACCGCCCACACCGUCCUGUCACCGCGCGGCGGACACAGCCCACAUGUCCCGAGGCACGUGGCGCACAUCGCCCACCCCGGCUUGGGAUCUCUGCGGCAGGGCCCGGCCCGUCCUGGAACACAUGGGGGGUGGGGCCUGCCCGUCCCAGUCCCAGGACCCGCAGCAGACACCGGACGCCUGCCCCAGCCCCAAGACCCGCCACGGGCCCAGCCUGCCCGUCCCGGAACACGUGGCAGACAUCGCCCGCCCGACCCCACCCCGACCCCGCGGGAACAGCAGCGGGCCCAGCCCACCCCACCCAGAACACGUGGUGGACAUCAACCGCCUGCCCCGGUCCCCAUGAACCACGGCGUGCCCGGCCCGCCCGUCCCGGAACAUGUGGCAGUCAUGGCCCGCCCGCCCCGGUCCACGGAACUGAGGAACCACGGUAGGCCCAGCCCUCCCGUCCGGAACAUAUGGCAGACAUUACCUGCCCACCCUGGUCCUGGGAACCGUGGCGGGCCCAGCCCGCCAGUCCCGGAACAGGUGGUGGACAUCACCCCGCCCACCCAUCCAAGGGCACAUGGCGGACAUCGCCAGCCUGCUCGGGACCAUGCGGCGAGCCCUCCCGGAACACGUGGCGGACAUGGUUUGCCCACCCUGGUCCCAGGAAGAGAGGCGGGCCAAGCCCACCGAUCCCAGGGCAUGCGGCGGAAAUUGCCUGCCCAUCCCGGGCGACACGUGGCGGACACCGCCCACCUCGUCCCAGGGCACGUGGCGGACAUCGCCCACCUGUCCCGUCACCUACGGUGGACACCGCCCACUCAUCCCACGGCACGUGGCGGACAUCACCCACCCGCCCCGGGAUCAGCAGCAGGCCGGCCCGCCCGUCCCAGAACACAUGGGGGCCCCACCGUCCCUGUACAGGACCUGCGGCAGACAUCGACGCCCGCCCUGGUCCAGGACCCGCGGCGGCCCGGCCCGCCCCCCCUGUCCCUGAACACAUGGCCGACAUCACCCAUCGCGCGGCGGGUCCGGGAAUGGCAGCGGGCCCGGCCCUCCCAUCCCAGAACAAAGCAGUCAGUCGCAUCGCCCUCCCCAGGACCCGAGGCGGACACCUCCCGCCCGUCCAGAACACGUGGUGGACAUUGCCCACCUGCCCCCCUGAUCUCGAGAACCAUGGCGGGCGCCCGUCCCGCCCAUCCCAGAACACGUGGUGGACAUCAGCCGCCCGCCCGGUCCCGGGACCAUGGCGGGCCCGGCCCACCCAUACCCAAAUUGCCUGAGCCCAUCCCGGGACACGUGGCGGACAACGCCCCCACCCCCCCUCACUCCACCCUGGGAUCUGCGCUGGUCCUGGCCGCCCGUCCCAGGACACCAUGGCAGACAUCGCCCCACGCCCGCUCCCAUAACCCUCCACGGGCCUGGGAUGCCCAUCCACCCGGGUCACAUGGAGGACAUCACCCGCCCGCCCUGGACCCAUGGCAGGCCUGGCCCACCUGUCCCAUGACAUGUGGCGGACAUUGCCCACCCACCCCGAGACAAGCAGCGGGCCCGGCCCACCCGUCCGGUACAAUGGCAGACAUCGCCCGCCCAUUCCGGGACACGCAGUUCUCUCAAUCCUACUUCUUGUCCUGGGCCCUCUACGGAUCCUACUGA